AUGGCGUCCUGCUUCCGAUCAGCCGCCCUCGCUGGCACGGCGCUCCUGAGCGUCUCUGCCUCGGCGCUCUCCCCAGCCAGGCGGGCCACAGCAUCGUCCUACUGCUCGUCGAGCGACAGGCAAUAUAACCUAAGCUCGUUCGACGCGCCGGUGUCCGGCACAGGUGACGCCGGCAGCCUGUCGACAUGGAGCCUUACGGUGGACGACUCGUCUGCGGGCCACAAGCAGGCGAUCGCCGGGUUCGGCGCCGCGGUGACGGACGCGACAGUGUCGGUGUUCGACGACCUGUCCAGCGACGAACUGAGCAGCCUCCUCGAUACCCUCCUGACCAGCAGCGGCGCCGACUUCAGCCUCUUCCGGCACACCAUCGCCUCGUCGGAUCUGUCACCGGACCCGGCCUACACUUAUGACGACAACAGCGGCGCUGUCGACACUAGCCUGUCCGGGUUCAACCUGGGCGACAGCGGCAACGCCAUGGCGGCCCUCCUGGCGCAGAUGCGGUCGGUGAACUCGGGGCUCACCAUCUUCGGGUCGUCGUGGAGCGCGCCCGGCUGGAUGAAGCUGAACGGCGUCAUCGACGGCACCACGGUCAACAACAACCUGAACCCAGACUACCGCGACAGCCUCGCCGACUACUUUGUCAAGUACCUCCAGGCGUACGAUGCCGCGGGUGCCACCGUCGACGCCAUCGCUAUCCAGAACGAGCCUCUCAACAGCCAGUCUGGGUAUCCGACCAUGUAUGUCUAUGCAGACGAGUCGGGCGACAUCAUUUCGCAGAACGUGGGGCCUGCCCUCGCGGCUGCUGGCCUUGACACUACGGUCUGGGCGUAUGACCACAACACUGAUGAGCCAUCAUACCCACAGACCGUCCUCGACGAGGCAUCUUCCUACGUCGGAGCUGUGGCCUGGCACUGCUACGCCUCGCCCCUCAACUGGAGCGUCCUCACCGACUUCCACAACACCAACCCAGGCGUGGACCAGUACAUGACCGAGUGCUGGACCUCGCCCGAGACAGACUGGUCCUGGGCCGCCGACUUCACCAUGGGACCCCUCCAGAACUGGGCCCGCGGCGCCAUCGCCUGGACGCUGGGCACCGACACCUCGUACGGCCCGCACCUGAGCUCGGGCGGUUGUUCCGACUGCCGCGGCCUGGUGGUCGUCGACACCUCGGCCGGCACGUACGAGCUGCAGGUCGACUACUACAUGAUGGCGCAGUUCAGCAAGUUCAUGCCGUCCGGCGCGACGGUCCUCGACGGGACAGGGAGCUAUACCUACGACGACGGCACCGGCCUGCAGAGCGUGGCGACCCUGAACCCGGAUGGCACGCGCACUGUGGUCAUGACCAACAAGUUCUCCAACGACCUUUAUGUCACCGUGGCCUUGAGCGCAGAUACGUGGAGCGGGCGUGUGUACGCAAACUCGGUUGUCACCUGGGUCCUGCCAGCCGUCUAA